AUGGUCGCUAUUUACUGCGGUCGUCAUCCUUCGAAGGUGAGGGCCACAGGUCGAACCCUGGAUGCAGCCCUUGGACAUAGUUUUAGAAGCCCUACAACCGGCGUGGUCAAGCAUGACUGUGCGUUGGUUAGUGUAGCUGAGGAUGAGUCCGUAGAUGUUGCGUGGACAACCGAUAUGCCUCAGCCGAUGGAAGAGAGCGGGCCACCAUCCUGUAACUAA